GGGGUUGUGGGUAGUGUGGCAAAGCGAGCAGUACAGCAUUGUAGCGGGCUGUAGCAGCAGACAUUUGCAGCUGACUCGUUGAUCUCGUAUGGCGGGGCCCCGCCUUCCGUCCUCCCUCCGCCCGCUGCUGCAGGAGUCCCCACUCCCGCAGGCUUCAUGAAGAUUUUCAUAUCAACAGCAGCUUCCCCACAACAAUGGGCCUCUCCACUGCGCUGACGUCUUAACAUCAAGCUUUUUUAUAACCUACAAAUAUGAAUCAUGCAUCUGAUAUUUCUUCCAAAUCUGCUCGCAAGCAUCCUUUUGUCCUGCCUGAAUCCACCCGGUUUAGCAUCAACUGUAAAGAAUGAGGCUAUCAGAGAGGCAGUGUCGGCGGCGGCACUGGGGCUCGAUGCAGCUUCAGCACCGGACAGCGACAACACGACGCACCACGCGGUUGAGCACCAAAUCACUUAUCCCUCUCGGCUCAUCUACUACCUUAACGAAGAUUCAGAGAGCACCUACCAUGACCUGGACACUCGGACACGGAACCAGCUCACAGAGAGCCAAGUGAUCCACCUUGCCCAAGUCAGCUUCCAGCUGGAGGCGUUUGGCUCCACAUUCACAUUGGACCUGACAUUAAACAAUGACUUGUUGUCCUCUGAUUAUGUGGAAAUCCACUAUGAGGAAGGCAAACCAGUGCUUUCAAAGGGUGGGGAACAUUGCUACUACCAUGGGCAGGUCAGGGGGGAUGAGGACUCAUAUGUGGCCCUGUCCACCUGCAACGGACUCCAUGGGAUGUUCGAUGAUGGACACUAUGUGUACCUAAUUGAGCCUUUGCAACAGACUCACUCUAUGGACUCGGCUGCACGGCCCCACAGCCUGCGGAGGACACCCUCUCUGCAGUGGACGGACGAAACGGAAGACCUGGCAGAGGAGGAGCAGAUGUUCUCUAGGCUGGCAAACAUGUCAUGGCUGCGGCGCAGGAAAAAACGAGCUAUGCCACGAAAUGUGUUUGAAGAGAUGAAGUAUUUGGAGAUCAUGAUUGUCAGUGAUCACAGCAUGUAUAAGCGACACAAGACCAAGCAGCACACCAAGAACUUUGCCAAGUCGGUAGUCAACCUGGUGGAUGCUAUUUUUAAGGAGCAGCUGUACACGCGCGUGGUUCUGGUUGCCGUGGAGAUCUGGACGGACAAGGACCGCAUCCCCAUCACCGUGAAUCCCCUGGACAUGCUGCGGGACUUCUCCAAGUACCGCCAGCGCAGCAUCAAGCAGCACGCCGACGUGGUGCACCUCUUCUCCAAUGUGAUGUUCCACUAUCGCAGGAGCAGCGUGGCAUACUUCGGGGGGGUCUGCUCUGUGAGUCGCGGAGUCGGGGUGAAUGAGUACGGCUCCACAUGGACGAUGGCGGCGUCCGUUUCGCAGAGCCUGGCGCAGAACCUGGGCGUCCAGUGGGAUCCGGCAUCGAAGAGAAAGGAGUGCAGCUGUAUGGAUUCGUCAUGGAGUGGGUGCAUUAUGGAGGACACUGGAGUUCAACACCCACGCAAGUUCUCCCGGUGCAGCAUCUCUGACUACAAGGAGUUCCUGCUGAAGGGCGGAGGGUCUUGUCUUUUUAACAGACCGUCCAAGCUGUUCGAGGUGACGGAGUGCGGGAACGGGUACGUGGAGGUCGGGGAGGAGUGUGACUGCGGUGCCAAAGUGGAGUGCUACAAGGAGUGCUGUAAGAAGUGCUCUUUGUCGAACGGGGCUCACUGCAGCCAUGGACCUUGCUGCAACAGUACCUGCUUGUUCUACCCACGAGGCUACAGCUGUCGCUAUGCGGUGAAUGACUGUGACAUUUCGGAGACAUGCUCAGGCGACUCGGGGCAGUGCCCUCCCAACCUGCACAAGCAGGAUGGCUAUUCCUGUAACCUCAAUCAGGGACGCUGCUAUGGCGGCGAGUGCAAGACCAGAGAGAACCAGUGCAAAUACAUCUGGGGCCCAAAGGCUGGAGGCUCGGAGAAGUUCUGCUAUGAGAAGCUCAACACGGAGGGAACAGAGAAGGGCAACUGUGGGAAGGAUGGAGACAAGUGGAUCCAGUGCAGCAAGCAUGACGUGUUUUGCGGGUAUCUACUUUGCACCAACGUUGGACGAACCCCUCGCAUCGGUCUGAUGAAAGGUGACAUCACACCCACCACCUUCAACCACCAGGGCAGGCUGGUGGACUGCAGCGGCGGGCACGUGCUCCUGGAUGACGAGACUGACCUGGGCUACGUGGAGGACGGGACGCCAUGUGGGCCGUCCAUGAUGUGCCUUGACCGCAAGUGUCUGCCCAUCCAGUCCCUCAACAUGAGCGCCUGCCCCCGAGGCUCCAACGGCCAGGUGUGCUCUGCCCAUGGGGUGUGCAAUAAUGAGGCAACGUGCACCUGCGAUGCUACCUGGGCAGGGACGGACUGUAGCAUGCCUGACCCUCCCAAGGAGCCUGCUCCCAGCGAGGACGAAGGCCCCAAGGGUCCUAGUGCCACCAAUCUUAUAAUCGGCUCCAUCGCGGGGGCCAUCUUGGUGGCUGCCAUUGUGCUGGGGGGGACAGGAUGGGGCUUUAAUCCGAUACUGUUAGAGGACGAGAGUUUAUGCGGAGUGGUGAGAGAAGCCACGCCCAGUUUGUUGGCUGCAGCCUUUGUGCCAUGGCUGGUCACCACGCCCACCUGGAUGGCCGAGCUCCGCCCUAGCUCAGAGCAGGACUCCUGGAGCCUCCCGCCAGCUGCCAUUGCUGCCUGCUUCACAGACCUGAAAUGUGAAGAAGAGAAGGUACGAUCCCAAUGCCAGUGCUAUUUAAAGGAGGAAUCAAGAAGGCUAUCAAGGGGAGGAGUGUCUUUUGUUUCAUUAGUAAUCUACAGCUGGACUGAACUUUCUGCUGCUGUUUUUGGCCUUCGUUUUACUUGAAAAAAAGGUAUUUUAACGAAAUGAACAACUUCCAUCUUAGCCAAAUAUAAGGCGGCCUCCAUGCCUCUCUCCCCUUUACCAGCUCCAUGAAUUUCCACCAAACCCUUACCGUGCUUUCUCCGGCAACAGAACGUCCCUUUUACAAGCCCCAGUGUAGAUGUGUUUGGAGGGGGGUUUACCUACACCAUCUUCUCACCAGGCAUGACUUCCUGUACAGAGCACUGCCCCUGGCAUGAAGAGCCCUUGCUGACAGACCCUGCAUGGCUGUGACAGCUGAGAGCACAAAGCCAUUUUAAAAACAUGGAUGUAUCAAAAAGCAGGAGGAAGCCUCAGAAAAAAAAACGCUACAGCGACAUCUCCACUCCUUGGCCUCAGAUCCCCCCACCUGGAGAUGUUACAGGGUGGGGCCUGACUGCUUGUCACGCAGACCAUAUAGAAAUAUAGACAGGACUGUACAUAACAAUGGACAAAUAGUUAAUGAAUUUGACAUAUCAUUUUACACCGACAUAAAUAGCUCUUUAUUUUUUAGCAUGUCGUAUAGCGGGUGUUUUUGACUAUGUUAAUGAAAAACAAAAAGCAAUUGUUAUUUUGGACAAAGAAAAAUCAUGGUUGUACUGUUUAGCAUGUUGUAGCCUACAGCAGAUGCUUUUGGCUAUUAUAAUGAAUAGCAAUUAUUGUUUUGGCUAAGCAAUGAUGGUUCACACAGCCAUGAACUGUGUAACCUGCUGUUGUUCGACAGUAUGGUCACACCUACCGAGAUGUACUUUACUUUCAGAAAACAAGGAGAUUGGGGUCAGCUGGUGGAGUGGAGGUUCAGAGGUCAGAUGUCCAGGGGUACAAGUGAUAUUGAAGGAUCAGAGACAAAUGUCAGGUACAGAGGUCAAGGAUCAAAUAUGGUGUUAGGUACAGUCUUUGAGUUAUGUCACAGGGUCUGAGAAUGCAGUGACACAAAGCCAAAGAAUUAACCAAGAAAAUGUAUGGAUAUAAUUUUACACAGAGCACUCUCCCUGCAUUCUACCUACCGACUUUAGACACAGGAGGUAGGAUAGCAGUCACCAGUACCUUAGGCCUGUAUGUCAGAUCUCAGUAACGAUCUUCAUUAACACCCACUAUACAGGCUUGGCCUUGUGUACUCAUGAAUUCUUACUAGGAAGCAAGUUAAGGCUCUACUGAUACGCUGCAUGAACAGUUAUACCUACAAUGGGGUUGCAACUCUACAAGGGAGUCCCAAAUCUGCAAGAAUAUGGUACGAGAGAUAGGUGCAUGUCAACAGUACAAUUUAACUUUUAUUUACUAUGCAAAGAAAGGUAUUGCGCCAACUUAUGGGUUGAUAAAUAUAGUAUUAACAAACAAUUAUAAUAUGAAAAUACAAAACUUCUACCGGUUAGGACAUCUUUUAUAUGCUUGGUCACUCACACAUCUGUCAUUUUAUGUCAUUGAAAAAAUAUGUAAAAAGCAUAAUGGAAUUAAUAUGUCCUAACUGAAGAGACAAAGUCAUUUACUUCUGUGUGGAGCAGAGAUGAAAACAUGGUUUUUGCACUUGUUAACAAAGCUAGGGUGACUUUUCUUAUGUAACUUUUCCACUGUGGUAGAAAAAGUUGACUUUUUCAGGCUCUACAGCAAAGCUGAUAGAUUGUGUGUUCCAUGUGCUGCGACAGCAGUCACCUGGUGUCGACUGUGUGAAUUCCCAUCGCGUGUCCUUCCGCACUGCUUCAUGAUCAGAUGGAAGACAUUGAUAAAUAAA